AUGCCCACCUCCAACCGUCAGUUAAUCUACGCCAAUACGCCCUCGCCGGCUAUUGACCCAUCCCUCACCAACGGCACCUUCAAGCUCAACACGGUCCCCAUCCCCGACAGUGUCCCCGACGACAGGGUGCUAGUGCGCGUGCACUACCUCUCCCUCGACCCGGCCAUGCGGCAAUGGCUGACGGCCAAACGAUCGUACAUCGCGCCCGUUGAGCGCGGCCACGUCAUGCGCGGCCAGAGUAUCGCCCAGGUGCUCAAGGUCGGCAGCGGGCUGCAGUCCCAAUAUCAGGCGGGCGACUGGGUGGUCGCGUACUCGGGCUGGCAGGAAUACGCCCUCUUGGGGGCCAAGGAGGCGCAGAAGGUCACCGUCCCACCGGGCUGCCAGCCCACUGACGCUAUGUCUGUGCUUGGGAUGACCGGGUUGACCGCCUACUUUGGCAUGAUGGAGGUCGGCAAGCCCAAGGCCGGCGAGACGGUGGUGAUCUCGGGCGCUGCCGGUGCGACGGGCAUGGUGGCCGGUCAGAUUGCCCGCGUGCAGGGCGCGAAGAGAGUCGUCGGGUUGGCGGGCAGUGCGGACAAGUGUGAGUUCCUCCGCAAGGAACUGGGCUUCGACGCGGCGAUCAACUAUAAGGAUGCGGACUGGAAGAAGCAGCUCAAGGAGGCGACGCCCGAGUACAUCGACGUCUUCUUUGACAAUGUCGGAGGCGAGAUCCUCGAUGCCUGUCUGGCUCGGGCGGCGCGGGACGCUCGUUUCGCCAUCUGCGGUGCGAUCAGUCAAUAUAACGCGGCUAAGCCGCAGGGACCGGCGAGCUUCAUGACUGUCAUUUCGCAACGAGUGACGAUGAAGGGUUUCAUCGUCUUCGACUACGCGAAGAAAUACCCGGCUGCGCUGAAUGACCUUGCUACGUGGCUGACGCAGGGCAAGAUCAAGCGCAAGGAGCACAUCGUCCCGGGAGGACUGGAGUCGGCGCCGAAGAGUCUGGUGAAUCUCUACGCCGGAGUCAACACGGGCAAGAUGAUGGUCGAGGUGGCCCCGGUGAGCGAGGCGCUUGCUUUCAAGGCGAAAUUGUAG